GGAGAAAUGACAUAUUCGUUUUAGGUCAUCGGUGGUGCAGGUUCCGAGUCUAUUUUAUCAGGCAAAGAUAGUAGUGUAGAACAUGGCAAUUUCAACAGACACCGAAAAUGGGGCUCGUCUCUCCGACAGGGGACGAGAGUCAAGUGAAGUUGUUUCACCCACAGCUGCACAUACAUCGGGCAUGGGACGUCCCUCGGAGGACAAAACGAAACGAAAAAUUGGUGGAGAGAGAUCUCCGGAACGCGAGCAUGAGCGCCACGAUGUCGGCACAAGCGCCGCCGCUAACCACGAUAGAGACUAUGACUUCGCUUUGAAAUACAUUUUAACAGAGCAUCCGCGUUCGCAGGAAAUAUUCGAAGCAACGCAGCAACGUGACCCUGCGCAAUUCGAGGCGGCGGUCACGCGUCUAGGUGAUCAAUGUGCGCUCGAGAAGGAGCUUCCAGCACCCAAGGGCUGGACUCUGCUGCAGAUGGCUAUGCUGGUUGGUAAAGCUGACAUUGUUCGCAAGUUGGCAGAGGCUGGAGCAGACUUGAACUACCGCUCGACAACGAAUGGCUGCACUGCCCUUGCAUUCUGCGUGUCUCCGCCGGCUCGCAAUAGCGUGCGGCCACCAUCAUCUGCCUUGGACACACUCGUGGACGCCGCCCUCCAAAUCGACCUGCGGGAAAACCUUGUCGCUUUGCUUUUGGGGCUUGGCGCCAAUCCCGAUGUCGAAUUUGAUGGAAAGAAACUGGAUGAGUUUGACGCCGCCACUCACGGUUUCCGCUAGAGCUUUACUUCUUUGAUUUUAAUGAUGCCUGUAGAUUUUUAUUUGCCCUUGUCGAGAAGAAAUGUGUUGAGUAUCGAUAUUGUUUCAUGUAUUCGCGCACCGACGUUUCGUUUUCUUGGAGCAAAGAUGGUUUCGCAUUUUGAUCGGUGUGUCAGUCAAGGGUAAUGGUGAACAUACCUCCAACUCAAAAUACAAGCCAAACGCAAACCCAAAUCCGUUUCCGUCUACCGCGCGAACAUGAUUUUGAUUUUUAGGUAUGAAAUACAAUUUCGAGCGGGCGCGUCUUCCCGCUGUGCGGAAGUGGUUUGACGUUGACGCGGAGAAACGGAUGAAGAAGAUGGCAGCGCUGAUCAAGCUGCCGAAUCUCCCGAACAUUCGCGAACUUCCAUUUUCUCUCAUCGGCCAAAGCUGGGCGGUCACUACUCUGAACACCGCUAUUCGCGAUUGGGCCUUUCAGUUACCGAGCAAUCCAGGCGGAGCGUGCCUCGCGCUAGUGUUCGCUGGCCCUUCUGGUCAUGGAAAAACUGAGCUUGCGAAGAAGCUCUCGGAAGUUUUGUGCCGUAGCCCGGACGAUUUUCACAAAGUCGAUUGCGCAAGCCUGCGUACUAAAUAUUUGUUUUGGGACUUUACACACAUGAUCAUGCAACAUUACGCUGCGCUGCAGUAUCGCGACGUUUUUUCUUUUUUACCUUGACCCGUACUGGCCGCAUUCAUCAAAUAUGACAGGUACCGCUAGUGAGAUUUUUGGAAUGGGAGGUGCCUACCAAGGAGCGAAACAAGGUUCAUCUCUGAACAACUGGAUGAAAGCACACGACGACAAAAUUGGCGUCGUCAUCUUUGAUGAGCUGGAGAAGGCGGAACACGACGUGCGCACCCAGCUUCUGAAUAUUCUCGACAAAGGCGAGUUUCAGGAUAAGCAGUUGACAUCCAGCAGUCAAUCCAAGCGGGUCAACUGCCGCAAGAUUGUUUGGAUUUUCACCACAAACGCCUUUGAUCCAUUGAUCAUGGAGGAAACGAAAGAUUGGCAGGUGCACAGCGGCAGCGCAAAAAUCAUGGACCGUUCGAAGCGGGCUCUGGAAAACCGCCUCCGAAAAAAGAUGCAACAGACCUUCGAAGUGUGUUUCGCCGGGCGUAUCAACCGCCUCGUCACAUUUGUCCCGUUCUGCGCACCGGAUAAGCCUUCCGAUUGCAUCCUCGAUGACGAAACAAGAGUUUUGCUGGACGCGGGCGUGUCCCGCGACUUCGCGUGGUUUCAAGACAAGAAGCGAAACCAUCACGACGACAUCCCGGUUGAUUUUGCCCGUCCGGAGGAUCGACAAGAUUUUCUCGAUCUUCUCCGUGAAAACUACCACCGGGACGAAGGCGCGCGCUGCGUCAACCGUUUGCUUGAGCAGUUCCUGCGUGGCCCAGUGAUCGGAAAAUGGCAUCUGGACAAGAUGCAAACCGCGAAACAGAAAGCAGAAAUCCGAGUUAACGCGACGGAAGCCGAGGUGGAAAUCGACAUCAUUCCGAACGAUUGCGAUUCUUGAUAUCUUCAUUGAGACAAACCAGAAACGACGAACUUGAUCAAUAAAUACAUCAGAAGCAACAAUAUUCUCAUUCACACAGUAAUCACGACCAAUCAGAAAAAUUAGCUCGCGACUUCAUUCC